UAAGGGUUGGAUCUAAUAAUAGCAUAUAAAUGAUAUUCACUAGUUUAAGUUUAAGGUAGGCUAAACAUAGGUUGUUGUUUUUUUAUGGUUAUAAUUUAUCCAUGUUUCAAACUUAAAAAACCAUAAUUACAACAAUAUUGAUUUUGUCUUUGUGUCUCUUUUCAUUCUAAAGAUGAAUUCCAUAUUUCUUCUUCUAAUCAUCGUUCUCAUUAUCAACCAACAACACUACGUAACCUACGCCCAAACCGCCAACGACGCAGCAACAGGACCCGACGUUAUUAACAAAGCAUGCAGCAAAUCCUCCGACAAAAACCUAUGUCUUUCGGUUUUCAACUCAAACGGCGAUAGCCAAAACUCCAACCUCAAGAGUCUCGCGUUCAUAGCUCUAAAGGCAGCGGCUGUAAAUGCCACGGAGCUGUCGGCACAAAUCAAGAUGUCUAUGGACGAUAAGACACUAGAAACGCCUGUGAGCGAUAGCCUGAGCACUUGUUCGCAGCAGUACUUAGAUGUUGUGGACCAGAUUGAGGAUUCGGUUAAUGCGCUUGUUUCGGAUGCUUAUAACGAUGUCGAAACGUGGCUUAGGGCUGCGAUUGAUGAUAUUAAAACGUGCGAUGAUUUGGUUAGAGGACAAGGUGGGAAAGCGGGUGAGGUUUCGAGUAGGAAUCAAGUUGUAAGUCAGCUUUGCACCAAUGCUCUUAGUGUUCUACAAGUUGUGCUUCAGAAAUAAUCAACACAAAUUAACAAGCCAAGACUACAUUAUUUACUUCUUUUAAAUUACAUAUGUAAUUCAAUUCUUGACAUUUCAAUCAUUUAAUAAUU